AUGGCAAAAGAUCCCAGAAAGCAGGUGACACUGAAUCAUAUUAUCAGUCAAUUUCCUUAUGAUCAGGAUGACAGCUCAUAUACCCAGCCAGGCACAGAAACUUUAGCCACCAUAUAUAGGCUAAAAAAGAAUAUAGAUCACAAGAGUCUGAACAAUGAUAGUCACUUUUUUGAUAGUGGUAACCAUGGUAACGGUGUAAACAUUCCUGAGCUUGGGUGCAUUGUAAAGUCUACGGGAAGUAUCAAAUACGCACUCAUCAUGACUGCCAGAAUAGCUUAUUGCUCGGACAUGGAUAAGUCCGUGCUUGCAAACAAUUUCGAGAAAAGAGGAUGGAUACAAGUAAAUCCAGACGACGAAUGGAAUUUCUAUUGGGCAGGUGCGCAAACGUGUCGCUCGCUCUUCAGUGUUGACAGUGGCUACAGGAUGAAUGACAAUCAAAUGAUCAACCACUUCCCGACGCACUACGAACUCACCCGGAAGGACCUUAUGGUGAAGAAUGUGAAGAGAUACCGUCGGGAAUUGGAACGAGAAGGAUCCCCUUUGGCAGCCAGGGAUGCUACGGGUCGUUACAUACAUCUGGACUUCCUCCCAACAACUUUCAUGCUUCCUGCGGAUUACAAUCUUUUCGUCGAGGAAUUUCGCCGUAACCCCAACACCACUUGGAUCCUCAAACCUGCCGGUCGUUCUCAAGGCGUAGGCAUAUUUUUGGUGAACAAACUGGCUCAGAUAAAAAAGUGGUCGCGGGACACCAAGAGUUCAUUUAACCCUGCGCUCGUCAAGGAUACCUAUGUUAUCUCCAGAUACAUUGAAAAUCCGCUCCUCAUUGGUGGGAAAAAAUUUGACUUGAGAAUAUACAUUCUGGUGACGUCCUACCGACCACUGAAAGCAUACAUGUACAAGCUAGGAUUCUGCAGGUUUUGCACUGUUCGCUAUGACACGUCAGGACAGGAGCUUGACAACAUGUUCGUCCAUCUCACAAAUGUCUCCAUUCAGAAACAUGGGGAGGAGUACAAUAACGUCCACGGGGGAAAAUGGCCUAUGAGAACCCUCCGUCUCUACCUGGAAGGAACUCGAGGCAAGACGAGCACAGACAAGCUCUUCACAGACAUCACGUGGCUGGUGGUUCACUCCCUCAGGGCUGUCGCUCCCAUCAUGGCUUCAGACAGACACUGUUUCGAGUGUUAUGGUUAUGACAUCAUCAUCGACGACCAGCUGAAGCCGUGGAUGAUCGAGGUCAACGCGUCCCCCUCGAUGACGUCAACCACAGCCAACGACAGAAUACUCAAGUACAAGCUCGUGGAUGAUCUUAUUAACAUUGUUCUACCACCUGACGGGAUACCCAACGUCCACUGGAACAAAGUCCCGACUCCGGACAAGUACGGCGACUUCGAGCUGCUGAUCGACGAGGAGCUGUACCAGAACAGCGACCACUCGUCCAGCCACCGCGGAGGCCGUCAGUCCGACCGCCACUCCGCCCCUCGGUGGAAAUAGCCCGCGGCCAAGAAGUGUGGCAGGACAUCCUCCACGCUUCCCACUCACGCUCAGCGAGACAUCGCCAGCUCCUCCACCAGCAGCUCCUCCAAGAAGGCCGAUGUUGGAUCGCCCAAGGAGACCGUCCGCUCGCAGGUAGAGGUCGCUUACGGAGAGGAACCAGGUUAUAACGACCCGACCACCUCUUCAGCAGCGUCCAGAUGGUAGCUAGCUGGCUCUCGGGCUUUGCCUUAGUGGGAAGGUAGAGAGUGUUCAUCGCACUUCUUGCUCUUCAAGAUGACCCGGCCUUCGAUCUCAUGAAUAUGAUCAGUGAUCAGGUUUGUCCCAUGAAAAAGUGACAUAUCUCCAAUGUAUUUUCAGGCUAUAUGAUCGUUGACACAGGGCUAACUUAUGUCAGGUGUUCCUUGAUAUCUUAUAUCUCAGACAAACGACAAAGAAGGUUUAAAACAGCCAUGAAAAAAGAAUUUGUAAAUUACACCAACAUAACGUAACUUUGAGAAUAUCUCACACAUCAGCAGGGGAAAAUCUUAGAAAUACUGAUAACGUGCAUACAACAAUUCCGAUUAUGUGAUGAUAUCACUGCUGAUCUUAACGAUUUACGUAUUUUUGGAAGCAACGAGUUUGUCUCUCAUAAAAUCAGUUUAGAAAGAUUCUAGUGGAUGAUAAGGACGUUUUUUUUUCUUACCGGCGGGAAAAAUGUACUGCUUGCGAGAGAAUGAAUGUAUUUAUUUCUUGCUGAUUAGUGUCCGUACAAAUAUGUCUUCGUCACUUACCGCAUGCAUGAAUGUUUGACGGCUCUGAUUAACGAACACUGAUAUAUUACUAACGAACCAUACAGGAAUGUUGAUAUAAAAGUAGGCUCAAAAUUAG